CCAACCAACGAGCUCUAAUCAGCUUCAAAUCAGUCGAGCAAGGAUGUUUGGUGUGUGUAGUGGUAGUUAGGAUGCGUGCGUUAUUUAAAUAAUAUACUGACCUUUAAUGGUGAUAUUUUACAAAACAUUAAACACCAAGUGGCGGUAACAUUAAAAAAUCAAGUGAUACCAAACAUAUUUUUAUUAUCAGGAGGAGUACCAUUUCUAGAGAUCCUCCGCGAUGAUUCUAAACCCUCACCCAUGGAAUUGAGCCAAGUGUCUUGGAGCGGUCGACCCCAGACACCGACACGAUGUAACUCCAAGCCCGUCUCUCCUUAGUCUCCAAUGGGUGCCAACAUGGGCAAAAACACAUCGCUGCUUGAUGCGUUGCCAUCAGGUCAGGGCACCCUGCACGUGGUGAUGCUCGGCUUAGACUCGGCGGGCAAGACGACCGCCCUUUACCGCCUAAAAUUCGACCAGUACCUGAACACAGUCCCCACGAUAGGCUUCAACUGCGAGAAAGUCAAGGGCAUGAUGGGCAAGGCCAAGGGCAUCAACUUCCUGGUGUGGGACGUGGGGGGCCAGGAGAAGCUGCGCCCGCUGUGGAAGUCCUACACGCGGUGCACGGACGGCAUCGUCUUCGUGCUGGACAGCGUGGACGUGGAGCGCAUGGAGGAGGCCAAGAUGGAGCUGAUGCGCACGGUCAAGGCGCCGGAGAACUCCGGCGUGCCCAUCCUGGUGCUGGCCAACAAGCAGGACCUGCCGGGGGCGCGGGAGCCCCGCGAGCUGGAGAAGCUGCUCGGGCUGACGGAGCUGAGCAACGGCCACCUCUGGCACGUGCAGCCCGCCUGCGCCAUCACCGGCGACGGCCUCCAGGAGGGCCUGGAGGUGCUCUACGAGAUGAUCCUCAAGCGGCGGAAGCUGGCCAAAAUGUCCAAGAAGAAGACGAGGUAAAGCGCGAGUGCGCGAGUCAAUGUACUGUUUUUAAUUUGUUCGGAUCAGUGUUUUCUCUAAUAAUAACAGCGCAGUUGCAAAAUUAGUGAGACUUUCGACACGUCCCUCUGUGAUAUUCUUAUUGAAAACACUGUUGUACCUAAUACAAGCCGGAAGCUUGCCUCCGAUAGUGAGUGUUUUAUAUCAAUUUGGGAAAAUUGCUAGGUUUUUUAAUCCCUGUUACGAGAAACGACAAAUUCUAAAGUGUAAAUACAUGUAGGUAAUUUUUGCAAGUUUGGGUUCUUUCGAUAGUACAGCACAAGGAACGAUUUCUACAUUUUUCAAGUGUUCGCAUCAACAAUAGUUAUUAUAGUCUCAGAUCGGAAUUAGAGACGUCUUUCACCCAUCUGUUACCGGAUUAAACUUAUUUUGGAUUAAAUAUAAUGUGCCUAAAAUGUUAUGUUCAUAAGCGUCAAAUUUUAACCAUUUUCCACAAAGUUUUACAGCCCUUUCAAGUAACAUUUUUGAAACUUAUUUAAAGGUUAAAUUCGUUUAUUUAAGCUGUACGGGAGAAAUUCUUUUAAAAUGAGGUCAGUGCUUUAUUUAGUUCAGAAAAAAUCCUGAAAACUGAAAAAAAAUUGAUACUCUUUGAAAAUUAUUUUUAAUCUACAUCAGAUCUAAUUAAAGAGAAGAUAAAAUACUUUUUGCCCUCUAUUGGACUCUUGAGAAUAAAGUUGCUUUUGUUUUUACUUGUAAUUGUCAAUCGUUAAUUUGUAAAAUACUUAAAACAAAUUUGCUGAAAUCUCGCCUCCAAUAGCAGCGGUUGUGAUUUCAUCAUUCAUAGGGUAAACCCGGGAGAGAUGGAGCACUUGUUUGAAAAUGCCUAUAUAAAUUUCAUAAAGCUGAUGAUACAAAUCUAAAGAACAAUAAUUAAAAUUAAAAAACUUUCUUUUUUUUGGAACUUUCUUCUUUUCUUUUCUUUUUCACUCUUCUUUUUUUCUUUUACAUGAGUUCUGGUGAAGAAAUAACUUCUGCUAGUGCAGGCCCUGGUUCCUAGCCUCCUGAGACUUUGUUUUUAAUUACAGGAACACAAUUAAUAAGGUUAAGGGCCGAUGUCAUAAAUACACCGCUAAUGCCACAUUAAAUAAUUGCUCAUUUAACUUAAUGGAGGCAUUAAAACGUUCAUUAAUUUAUUGCAUUUCAUAGUAAAACUUCUUGUUGGAUUUUCUUGACGUGGAAAUUAACUAAAAACAAGUUUAAAAAUCCGAUACACCAAACGUUUAUUCUCACCUGAGGAUGACCACUUUGUGGUUGAAACGCGUUGUGUUUCAAAUAAACGUUUGGUGUGUCGGGUUUCUAAACUUUGCUUUAAAUAUUUAAACUUUACAGCGACUCUAGUGAGUUUGCGCAUUACAGAAGUUAAACUUUGUUACCUUCUAAAUUUGACUAAAUUUCGUAUUGGCUAAGAGAAAAAGGUUUUAACGUUCCAUAUAAACAUAAAACUCACUAUUAACUAACAGAAAAUUUGAUCUGAUACGAGCAUAAAUUAUAUCGUUUUGGUAGCACUUCAUUUAAAGAAAUUUAUCAAUUUUCUGUCACACCUUACUGACUUUGUCAAGGUAAACUGUAUUUAAAAAGAUUAAUGUAACCAGAAAAGGAAUUGUGGAAGGAAUUUUUUCAAAGAGAGGGAGCUUUUAUUGCUUAAAGAAAUCUUAUCAAAUGUAAGGUGACUGAUAAAAUUAAUUUAUCUCAGAAGGUAAUACAGUAAAAUUGAUGGGGAAGAACUAAAAAAAAUAAGUUAGAACAGUGUCAUCUUACAGAAAAUAAAUUGGGGGAUAUUGCCAACAUCAAAAAAUUAAGCUUCUGGAAUUGGAAAUAAUAAUUAAAGAACAAAUGUUUAUGACAAUGUGCUUUGUAAUUAAAAUUUUUCAAACAUUAACAUUUGCGUUUUCUUCACAAAAUCGUCUAAUUUUCUAACCACUGUAUUUUUUCAUUUCUAAAUUUGGAAGAAAUGUUUUCUUAUUGUAUUUUUCGUCAUUACAACAACCACACAUCAUCUAUCAGCACAUGAACUGCUACUUUCGACUACGUUUUGCACGUUCAUGUUGAUUUGAAAAUUUUUAGUAUAAAUUAAUUUCAUUAAUACGUCAAUGGGUGCAUUAAACUAAAUGAGCAGUUUUUUAAAUGUACAUUUAAAGUGAUUAUGAAAUAGAGUUUUGAGCUAAAGUCGACAUUAAAUUAGAUUUUUUUCACACUGUACAAAUAUAUUUGCAAUUACUUAUAUCUAAACAUCAAAAGAAAAAAUAGACACUAUUACUAGUUUCGAGCAGAUGCACCUGCUAAAACAGCCACCUACCGGUGGUGGCUAAAACUACUGGUCUCACUACUCACCCGGUGGUCCAUCGCUCCCUGCGUUACCCUAUUAUCAAUUAUUAAGGAUUUUUUCUGAAUUCGGAUAAGACAGCCCGAGUAGAAAAUAAAUAAGUUUUAAAAAUAUUUCUUAAGAUGCUUUUUGACACGCUUUAAAUAACAGUCUUGAACAUUUUUUAUGCGUAUUUUGUUUGAUAAAAAAUAAGACUCAUCCUGUAAGCAGAUGGGUGAAGGACGAGCCUAAUUCGCAUCCUCCACUAUUACAUGUAUUCUCCUAUGCAAGACUCCACAGCGAUUUGUUAAGGUUUUGCCUUAAUUAUAGUUUGCACGCUUGAAAGUGAAACGAUGAGUAUUAUAUUAUUGUAUAAUGAGAAAGCAGUGUGAAAAUAUACCCAGAUGGUUCCCAUACGCUUUAUUACGUCGAAAUGUGCAAUUCUAGAUCAUAAAUAACUAUUUCUUGAAUAGAAUUGACACCCGUCACUUCUUCCAUUCACACAAUGAGGCAUUACAAUAAAUUAAAAUAAUAGAAAAGUCUGAUGCCUCCAAGUGCAUUUUUGUUGCUCCUCCCACGUGACGACAAUUCGAUUCAAGACUCUAGUUUAUUACCAGAACCAAAGGUGCUCAUUUAUUUAUAAGUAGUUUUAGUUAGCAGUUAUUACAUUAAAUUGAGAAAACAAUCGUGUGACCCAAACCAAAAAAAACAAGAGACAUCGAUGACUAAAGCCAUCCAGUUUUGCUGUUUUCCGUUCUCAAUUUGAAGUAAUAAUAAUCGGACGACCAAUACAAACCACCAAAUUGUUCGAUACGGCCUUCACCCAAAAUUCGCGAUAGUGUGUUACCGGCCCUCCCCGUCAUUUUGUUGUUACUGUCCUACUAUUAAUGUUGAAUUAAUCUUAGAAUUGUAUAACCAGAAUUAUUCCUGUUGCUCGCCAUGUUUAUAUAACGUAAAUCUGUAAAUAUGUACCUAAAUGUAAUAUAAUUUCUAAACAUUAUUAUUAAACCAUAUUUGUUUUAUAAAAA